CAUCGUCUUCUCCGUCACACCUACCAGCACAGCACAGGGGAGGGAUCUCUCCUCCCACCUCCUCAUCCAUGGCGCCGCCGACCCGGAUCCGGCUGCCGCGCGCCGCCCUCAUCCUCAUCCUGCUCGCCCUCCACCUCUCCCUCUCCCUCGCCGCCCAGUUCGAGGGCUUCGACUCCGACGAGCUCCCCCACGCCGCCGCCGCCGAUCCCGCGUCCCCCGACGACGACGACGAGGGGCUCGACCUCGACGUCGACCUCCCACCCCCGCCGCCCAUCUCCGUCUCCGUCUCCGCGCCCUCCCCACCCGUGACCACCACCACCACUCCCGCAAACCCUAACCCCACAACGCCCCCGAACCCCACCCCCUCGCUGGACUUCUGGGACGAGGACGAGUUCGAGGGCAUCCCGGUCCCAGAAUCCCCAACCUCCAACCCCUCCUCCACGCCGGCCGAGUCCGCCCCGUCAGAUCCCUCCGCCGCGGCCGCGGCGGAGGCCCCGCCGGCCCCGCCCAGGACCCCCGCGGAGCUCCUCCGCGCCUUCUCCAUCGAGAUCGCCUGCGUCAGCUUCCUGAUCUGCUUCCUGCUCAACUACUUCACGGGCAAGAAGCAGAACGAGGCGAUCGCGCUCGCCUGGGCCACCAAGUUCGCCACCAGGGACUCCAUCUUCGACAAGAACUUCAGCCUCCUCGGCACCGGCGACGGCAGGGACACGCCGCUCCUGCUCAAGGAGGGCCAGGACGUCUUCAAGUUCUACGCCAGCGGCAGGCGCUUCUGCCAGGGCAUGCUCGCCACCAUGGAGAUGCGCGCGCGCCACGACCUGCUCUCCAAGCUCCUCGAGCUCGUAUUCCCCAGGAAGGACACCAUCACCUUCGAGGUCGUCAUGAACGACGAGUCCAUGGACCACGUCAUGGUGGCCGUGGCGAGGAAGAAGGCGGCCAAGACCAUGCACAAGGAGGAGAGGGAUCUGCAGAAGUUUGCCUCUGUUCUCGCGUCGGCACCCGCCGGGAAGAAGUGGGUGGCUGAUGAGCUUUCAGUGGUGGCUGAGUCAAAGGAGGUUGCUGGGGAUAUGAUCUCUGAGGCGGUGCUAGAUCAGGUGCUUGGUGAGAAAGCAUUCGAGAAACUUGGGAAGUGGUUCAUCUCGCUUCAUUUUUCGGAUCAACUGGCUGGGUCCUACAAGAAAGUCCUCUCGUUCAAGUUUGUGCUGCCAGAUGCAAACAACAUGGCUGAGAUGACAAAGUUAGUUGCUCUUGUGCCGUUCUACAUUGAUCUGAUUGGACGUUACAAGCUGAGCUCACAUGCACGCUCGAAAACUGAUGCCGCUAGGACAAAGGCUGCUCAGGAGGCUUUCAGGGAGCUUCAGGGUGUCAGGCAGGAAACCCUGCUGAGGAAGAAGGCUGAGAAGAAAAAACUUAUGGAAGAGGCAGAGGCCAAACUGAGCGCCGAGGUGCUCCGCAAGAAAGAGGAGAAAGAAAGGAAUAGGCAGAUGAAGAAGGGGGCACCCAAGGUUAAGAUGCUGCGCUCUUAAUAACACUGAGAUACUGUCGUAGCUAUUGGCCUUUGCUAUCCACUCGCUGAUUAGCCUAUAGUUCAGCAUCGGUCAGACUCUUUUGUGUUUCAAUUUUGGGCCAUCCGGUUUCCUGUUCUGAGAAGCAAGCAAAAAGAACAAAACUGCUGACACGUGCUUUGUUUUGCAAGCUGGUGUUGGUCCAGUCUAUCUGAAUUGGCUAGACAGCAGCUCACUUGUAAGAAAACUUGGACGCACUUCCGUGAUUUGCUGUGUAAUAUGUUGAUAGAUAUGUGGUCAGAAACUCAGACACUUGGAUAGUUGGAUUACAUGGUUUCAAUUUAGCCGACAUGCUGUUAAUGUUCAGUUUACACA